UGUUUUGCUCAAUCAGCUGUUGUGUACUUCUGCUUGUGGAUGCUUGGUGUUGAUCGUUCGUUUCAAAGUUCACUUUCUGUGUAGCCACACUUUCAGUGACGUGAACCUUAUUAGUUGAUUUUUAGUUUUAUCUUUUUAUGUCCAGUGACAUAAGUGCACCUAAAACUGCAUUGAGGGAAUGUUAAUGUUUGUUUAUUUGAGGUUACCCUUUGUUAUUUUCUUUCUAACGCGCCCCAUGCACUGUACUUUUGGCACUCUUUCAUAAUGAAUUCCAUCGAAGAAAGUUUAGAAGAUGAUACAAAAUGUUCCAUUUCAAGUGGAACCAUGGAGAGUCAGAGACCUCGAGCAGGGAACACCCCUGGCUCAGGACGUUUAUCUGCAAUAUUUUUAGUGAUAAAUGCUGCUCUUGGAGCUGGCCUCCUCAACUUUCCGCAAGCAUUUGACCAGGCUGGUGGUAUUGUCACUGCUAUUGCUGUACAAGGUGUUCUGAUUCUCUGGAUUGUUGGUGCUUUGCUUAUACUUGCACACUGUGCCGACAAAGCUGGGGCACUCACACUGCAGGAUGUCCUUCAAGCUGCAUGUGGACAGACAGGCCUAAUAACAUGCUCUAUAAUAGUAGCACUGUAUUGUUUUGGUACUUGUGUGACAUUCCUCAUAAUUAUUGGAGAUCAAUUUGACCGAGUUCUGCUCUCAGUAUGGGGAAAGGAUUUCUGCCACCUUUGGUAUUUGGAUCGUUCAUUUACUAUGACCAUUAGCUCUAUUCUGUUUGUUCUCCCACUUUGUUAUUCCAAGCGAAUUGAUUUCCUUCGAUACGUCAGUUCUGUUGGGGUUGUAGCUGUCCUCUAUGUUGUAUGUCUUAUUGCCUACAAGUAUUGGAUGGGAAAUUUUGUACCAGGCCCAAUCAAAACUGCUCCAAAUUCAUGGACAGAUAUAUUCCUUGUUGUGCCUGCCAUUUGUUUUGGCUACCAAUGCCAUGUCAGCAUAAUACCCAUUUAUUCCUGCCUUAAACACAGAACUCUGCACAAUUUCUCAAUCGUAUGUAUGUUUGCCAUUGUGUUUUGUGUGGCAGCAUAUACAGUUGCUGGUGUUUUGGGCUACUUAACAUUUGGGUCACUUGUAAAAAGUGAUAUUCUGCAAUCUUAUGGUGGUGAAAAUCCAUUUGUUCUCCUUGGAAUUGGAGCUAUUGCAAUCAAAUCAUUUACCACUUACCCUUUGCUCCUGUUUUGUGGGAGGGAAGCUAUAAGCACAGUCUGGUGUGAGCUUUUCAGUGCCUCACAAACAGACAUUGCGUUAACAGAGUUUAAGCGCCGAGUUUCUAUAGCAUCUAUUUGGUUUAUACUAACUUUGCUCAUUGCUGUUGUCAGUCCUGACAUAGGCAUUGUUAUUGAUGUUCUUGGAUCCCUAGCUGCCAUUUUUAUUUUUGUUUUCCCAGGAAUAUGUCUUCUUCAGGCAACUCUCCGUUCUGACCCAGGCUUAUACCUUAAUAAACAUCGAUUCCUUGUUCUUGCCGCAUUUGUGUUCAUCAUUGUAGGAACAUUUGUGUUUGGAGUUGUCUUGACUCAAGCAAUUGAACGUUUUGCUGAUAUUUCUAAAAGCCAUAAACAAAGCUUGUGUGAAUAAGCUGAUAAGUGCUGUGAUAAGUUAUGUUUCUACUCAUCUUUAUUGUGAUCCAAUCUAGUAUAUUAUUAUAAUUAUUAUUAACUUGAGCCUUGAUGGCACAUAAGCAUAUUUUUAUACUCUAUUUUUAAAAAAAUAUUUGACUUAGAUUUAGAUGAAGCUAGCAUAAAAUGUUGACUUAAAUGUACCAUCAUUUCACUGUAUUGUAGAAACAAAGGUUUUUUUUGUUUCAAGAACUUUACAGCUUUAAACUUCUUAAGUAAAUUUAAAAAGUUGACAAAAAUUAUUAUGAGCUCUUCUAGUUACUUAUGAUAGAAGAAAUUUAUAAUAAUAACUGUUAGUUUUAUUUUCAAGUAUGAUGACGCAUCUAAUGUAAUAACUGCUUGAAGGAUGCUCCUGAUUGUCACUGUUAACUGGUUGCUUUGUGUAUGAGUAUGUGGACUGUACACCUACCUGUAUUCAUUCUGCUUUCACAUUGAAUUGGUAACAUGAGUGGAAUUCAUUUACUGUACAUCACCAACUAACUUUUCUUUGAGUCCUUGUUUUUCUACAAUACAGCUUACACGCUGGCCGUGGACACGAAUUUAAGGCAUCCUGUAUUUGUACAUUCUCAAAUUGAUGUGGCUCGGAGUCAAUAUAGACUGAUAGGUAAAGAGAAAAUAAAUAAAUAAAGGAUAUGUAAGUCAA